UCAAAACGUUUAUGUAGCACUUAAUAAAGACAUAAACAGAGGUUGGGGUUGCAGAAAACAUCAGCAAAUACAUAAGUGGUGAAAGAGAUCAUUUAAGAAGAGCAGUAGGAUGUUUGUAGCUGAUGAAUUUAGGAGUUGCAGUUCAGCAGUUGGUGAAGGGCCACAGGUUGCACAUGUAUAAAUGGUCUUUUGGUGGCUAGACUUUGCUUUCUGAUACUAUAACACAAUUAUGAUGGAUUUCUUGCAGAUGCCUCUCUAUGUGGCUGCCAAUGGGAAUAUAAGAAGAGAAAGAAAGGGCUGGCAGCAGUGUGUGUGUGACUCUCAGCUCACAUAGAAGAACUUCUGCUUUUGCACAAACUCUAACCUGUAGCGCUGAAGAGCCGAGGGGAGCUGUGAGCUAAACAGGAGGAGGAGGAGAAGGCCUGGCACAUGUACAAUCGUGUUGUUCCUGGGCACAACUCAACCUCUGCGCACAAAGGUGCUUCCAAUCCAGUCCGCUGCCGGCCUGCGCUACAGACACCAGAGGAGACGGGAAGAUUAGCGCAAAGUGUCCCCGGCAGCCAACAGGCCGUGAUUAAAGGACAAUGCAGCCUCCCUCUAGCCGCCCAGUAUCAAACCCUCGCCCCCCUUCCCAGCGCACUUCCAUGGCGCCUCCGCAUUUACUCUAAUCCGACCUGAAUGCAUGGAAUCCCCUUCGGGCAACAGGCUUGGUCCCACGAAGGAUCUCCCUUCCCCAGGGAUUCCGGAGGUGGGGGCCGACGAGCAGGCAAUGUGCCCGGAAAAAGCUGGGGGAAUCCUCCGUCCCCAGUAACCCUCCUCCCGCCUCAGAAGCCUGUCAGCGCCGCUGCUCUCUAUCUCUCUCAGACACUCCGUUUCUCCCUGCCCAAGCGCUGACGUCAUGCCAGUUGUUUUGGUCCGCCCGACCAAUCGGACGCGCUGCCUGGAUUCUACGGGUGCCGAAAUGGCCCCUUCUUCUCGGGUUGAGGGCUUCGCCAUCCCUAGCAGCGCGCAUUGCGCUGGGCUCAGUGCCUGGCAAGACUCCUGCAGCUUUAACAGGUCUGACAUGGACACAUCGCUGCAGUUCCAGCGCGGCUUCUCCCCAGAGCAGCAGCACAGUCUCCCCCGGCCCCGGCCGCAGCACCUGCACUGCCAGAGCCCGGACGAGCAGCAACUGUUUCAAGCGGACGGUCCUUGUGUGCAGUGCAACAGCUGCUCCUUUCACUGGGACAAUCUGCCUCUUCUCCGCACCUCUUCCCCUAUUGCUGGCGCUUUCCGCUCCUCUCCUCUCUCGUCCGGCUCCUCCAGGCAGGGCAGCCAACUGAACGUCAGUGAGCUCACUCCUUCCAGCCAUGCCAGUUCGUCCCGAUACCCCCAGUACCAGUCCCAGUACCAGUCCCAGUACCACCAGUGCCACAGCCGGCAGCAGGCGAGUCCGAGCAGCAGCCAGCGCCGGGAGAGUAACCCUUUCACGGAAAUAGCCAUGAGCAGCUGCAGGUACAACGGCGGGGUCAUGCGACCCCUCAGCAACCUGAGCGCGUCCAGAAGGAACUUACACGAACUCGACUCUGAGUCGCAGCCCUUACAGCCGGUGUCUAGCGGCAGCGCCGCUCCGGAGAUAGUGGUGUCCAAGCCCGAGCACAACUCCAACAGUCUGACCCCCUAUGGCUCCGGGGAUCGGCCAGAUGAGCAGCAGAACAACGGGGGCAAGUCCGGGAAGAAGAAGAACCAGAACAUUGGCUACAAGCUGGGCCAACGGAGGGCUCUAUUCGAGAAAAGGAAGCGACUGAGCGACUAUGCGCUUAUCUUUGGGAUGUUUGGCAUCGUGGUGAUGGUCAUAGAAACUGAGCUCUCAUGGGGAGCCUAUGACAAGGGAUCGCUGUACUCAUUAGCUCUAAAAUGCCUUAUAAGCCUUUCCACGAUUAUCCUGCUUGGUCUUAUUAUUGUAUACCACGCCAGGGAAAUUCAGCUGUUCAUGGUGGAUAACGGCGCUGAUGACUGGAGAAUAGCCAUGACAUAUGAACGCAUUUUCUUUAUUUGCUUGGAAAUACUGGUGUGUGCAAUUCAUCCCAUACCAGGAAAUUACACAUUCACGUGGUCAGCACGACUUGCCUUUUCUUAUGCACCCUCCACGACAACAGCAGACGUGGAUAUUAUUUUAUCUAUACCAAUGUUCUUAAGACUGUAUCUUAUUGCCAGAGUUAUGCUUUUACAUAGCAAACUUUUCACUGAUGCCUCUUCUCGGAGCAUUGGAGCACUAAAUAAAAUAAACUUCAACACACGUUUUGUAAUGAAGACUUUAAUGACAAUAUGCCCAGGAACAAUACUGUUGGUUUUUAGUAUCUCGUUAUGGAUAAUAGCUGCAUGGACUGUCAGAGCCUGUGAAAGAUAUCAUGAUCAGCAGGAUGUUACUAGCAAUUUUCUUGGAGCAAUGUGGUUAAUUUCAAUUACUUUUCUAUCAAUUGGAUAUGGUGAUAUGGUACCGAAUACAUACUGUGGAAAAGGAGUGUGUUUACUUACUGGAAUUAUGGGUGCGGGGUGCACUGCACUUGUUGUUGCUGUGGUUGCCAGGAAGCUAGAACUUACCAAAGCUGAAAAACAUGUUCACAAUUUCAUGAUGGACACCCAGUUAUCUAAAAGAGUGAAAAAUGCAGCUGCUAAUGUUCUCAGGGAAACAUGGUUAAUCUAUAAAAACACGAAGCUAGUGAAAAAGAUAGACCACGCAAAAGUUAGGAAACACCAACGGAAAUUUUUGCAGGCUAUUCAUCAAGCACGGAAAUUGCGCAGUGUGAAAAUGGAGCAGAGAAAGUUAAAUGACCAAGCAAACACAUUGGUGGAUUUAGCAAAGACACAAAACAUCAUGUAUGACAUGAUCUCUGAUCUAAACGAAAGAAGUGAAGAUUUUGAGAAGAGAAUUGUUGUCUUAGAAACAAAGCUAGAGACAUUAAUUGGGAGUAUUCAAGCUCUCCCUGGACUGAUUAGUCAGACCAUCAGCCAACAACAAAGGGACUUGGUUGAAGUUCAGCUGCAAAAUUAUGACAAGCAUGUUGCAUACAGUGCUGAGCGAUCGCGGUCAGUGUCACGAAGAAGAAGGUCCUCAUCCACGGCACCUCCAACUUCAUCAGAAAGUAGCUAGAAGAAAGCAGGUUAACCAAAAAGACUUUUUUUUGCCAUCAUAUGGUCAAUAAUUUAGCUUUUAUUGUAAAGCCCUAUGGUUCUAAUCAGUGUUAUCUGGGUUCUGAUGUCAGAAUCUUGGAAACCUGAACACAAAGUUUUAGGCCAAAUAGAGUGAGAACUCUUUUAUUUCUUUUAGAUGCACAGUGAAUGCACCUAUCAUUACUAUAUAGAUUGUUCCUCUGUAAUUUCACUAACUUUUUAUUCAUGCACUUCAGACUUUACUACUAUAUAGUAUAAUAAAAUCCUAAUUUCUGAAAGAAGUGUUUGGUUAAUUUAGUUGACGCUCAGGACUACCUGUCAACCUUGUGUUUGUUAUGAUACAUUAAGGAUUCAAUAAGUUAAAAAUCUCUAUUUUUUUCUGCUAUGAAAAUGAACCUAAACCAAAACAUAGUUUUCAAUCAAAUAUACAGACCGAAUAAAGUAUAUUUUUGUAACAUAACCUAACAUUUUAAUUGGUUAGUAUAAUUGCAGCCAAAUUGCAAUAUGGAAAUU